AUGGCAAUUGUAAUUCUAGAAUUCUUAACAAAGUCUACUGCAAUUCUAACAAACACCGUUUCCAUUUCACGUACCCAUUUUUGCAACAAGAAAAAGUUUUUGAGACUGCAAACCGAGUUGACUAAAGUGUCCGAGAUUUGCAGUGAGGAUAAUUCCAUGCCGAUAAAGUUUGCAUUUUUACACCUGGUGAUGAUUUUGGCAAUGGUGGUGGAAGUGUGCUAUAAAGAUAUAGCAAAGGUCAAUUCACUGUGGAACGAAGUCUACGGAAUUGAAAUGUUUUUCAUAUUCUUGUCUAUGAAUAUUAAUUUACUUAAAGCACUACACACAUGCAUGGAAUUCGGGAUGAUGACUGAAGAAAUGACCGUGGUCAGGUUGUUUGUAAUGGUGAUAUUCUUUUGCCACUCUGUACUGCUUCUGGUUUUAGAUAUUAUAAUGGUCUCUUCUUGUGCAAAGAUCAUCGAGCAGCUGAAAGAAUCCUCCCUUCUUUGCUUCGAAUUGCUACUGAAACUACCUUUUCAGUUGAACUCUUCAGAAUAUGAAGACGUCUACAAUGAUGUGCUGCUUCUAGAACUCCUGGUCAAUCAGCCAGUGCAAUUUUCUGCUUAUGGGUUUUUCACAGUCGACUACUCCCUGCUUUUCAGCAUAAUGGGUGGCUUAACUUCGUACCUUAUAGUCAGUAUUGGGUACGACAAGACAUUUCUUCGUAGUAGACGUGCUGAGAACUCAAAAAGUCUUUUAGAGAUGUAA